GACCCUGUCUCAUUUUGAUCAUUCAAAUCCCUUCAAACAAAUCAAGCUUCCAUUAAUGGAGAACUCAUUAGCCACAGAGAGCUUCUCCUACAGCUGGCUUACACACACACCACCACCACCACCUCCCAACCUCAGACAAAUCGAAUACGACGACAACUUCCGCUUCAUCGUCCCUACAUCUCCCAAAUUUGUGAAUGCGGGCGACAUAUUCUCGGACGGGCAAAUCAUGCCUGUGUAUGCCACGGGAAAAUCACCGGGAACGGAGGCAGCCUCCGUUCCCGGCAGAAACCGUUAUUACAUCCUCGCCAAGUGGCGGAGAUCUUUGCACAAGUGGUUAUGGUACGUGCAUAAGAGACUACGUUGCUCGAGGAAGAGAAGCCGAGUCGAUGAUCUUCAACGGAAGGUGAUGAAUUUUGGUGAUUUUGAUUAUGGUGAUGAAUUUUGUUGUCUGAAAAUAGACAAGAGUCCGACUUCAAUGAGCCCAUGCCGCUCUAGUUGUGAUGUAGAUGACAACUCAAUCACGGAAGCUAUUCUCUAUUGCAAAAAAUCAAUAGAAAAAUAAGGAGAAUUGUGCAAGGAUUAAGAUAAUGCAUGCAUUGAGAAUUAGGGAUUCGAGAGAUUGAUAUAUUGUCGAUCCUAAUUUUAUUUUAUUAUGCGAUUGUGAAUACUAUUAACAGUAGUAGAAUAUGGAGUAUAUAUUUUGCUUUCCA